ACACCACAAACAUUUCACUUCUUUCUCCCUCAAUUUAUCCGCUCUAGUCUCGUUCUAAGCCCGAAUAGUAAGAUGAAACUUCUUGAAUUUAGCCAUAUCUACAAUUUACAAUAAGUAUCUAUUAGCUUAAAGACAGUAAAAUUAACCAAAAUCAUAUUGUACAACUAAUAUUAAAUCAUACCAUAACUAACGAAAAUAAAUUCAACUAACUAACAACAACAUAAUACGAAAAUUAAAUCAUACUAUAACUAACGAACAUAAGUUCAACUAACUAACAACAACAUAUUAGACUAUAAUACGAAAAGUACCAACAUACCGAAAAAUUUCUGUUCUGUGUAUUAUGCUCGAUUUUGGCUGCUGAAAUUUGAAGAAAGGGGAGUGGUUAUGUUUUUGCAACUGCUGGUGGUGUGCUAUUUAUAGGAAAAUCUGCCUACUAUUCACCGUUUUUGUCGAAAACGGUGAACACUAUCACCGCAUUUGUCUCAAACGGUGAAUAGUUGGUAGCUGCACCUAAUUUUGACCUACCAGGGGUAGGAAACGUGGGAAAUGAUCACCGCUUUAAACUACAACGGUGAAUGAGUUCUACCGUUUUUAACCAAAACGGUGAUGUAUUCACCGUUGUUAACAAACGCGGUGAACCCUUCACCGUUUUAGUUUGAAACGGUGAAUACUUCACCAUUUUAGUUUAAUACGGUGAAGUAUUCACCGUCUUCGUCAAAUGCGGUGAUGACCUUCACCGCUUUUGUCUAAAACGGUGAUGCUCAAACAUGUGUACUUUGGGAAUUUUUUUUAAGAACGUGUGUACAAUGAGAUUUUUUCCUAUGGAACGGAGAGUCUAAAGCAAUACCUGCUCCAUUUUCUUUAAUUUUUUUGUGAGUUUUAUCAUAGCCACCAGAUUUCCAGUCAAUGUUUGAUUUUCUAGUGUUGAUUUGGGCCGCGAACAAUCGGAUGCUCGCGAUUGUGAGUUUGAUUGUCAUCCUAUCUGCAACUUGGCAUUUUACCGCUAAGCUUGUGCCUAAAUCGUAGUUACAUACUUGGGCUUCCAUUAUGGGCCACCAAACUACUUUCUAAUCUGUAGUGGGCCUAGGCCUAACGUUUACUCAACUGUGGUCCAUCAUCCAAUAAAAAAUGACGAGCUUUUUGACCACAUUAGACUUUACGCGGUAGAAGAAUCCAGUUAGAAUUCCACUGAAACUGAAAGAAAGAAGUUUCAAGGCCGAAGCUUUCGUUUCCAUUAGCACUUAAAAAUCGACGCCAUAAGUAGCGGCAAAAAGGCAAAGCCAGCCACCACAGUCGCAGAAAUCAACCAAAUAGGCAAAUACCCCUUUCCACAGUUUGACAUUCCAAACCAAACCCACAUUUCUGUUUCGUCUCUUUCAACUCAAAAGAGAAUGGAAGCUCGCCGUGAAGAGCUUCAAGUAGACGUUAACGGCGACGAGGUUUUCAUCCUUGACAAGUCAAUCAUGGAAUCCUUCUCUCGAAUCUCUCCCAAACUGAGCCGGUUAUUCAGCAACACUAAUCGUCAAAAAUCAAACCAGCUGAAGGUAAUAUUCGACGAAUUCCCAGGAGGAGCAGAAGGAUUCGAGCUGGUGACAAGAUUCUGCUACAGAAAUGGAAAAUUCCCAAUCACUCCCUCUAAUUUCGUCCUCUUGCACUGCGCCACUCAGUUUCUCGAGAUUGACAUCGACGGGUCGGAAAAGUAUGUGGAAGAGAUCAGUUACUGGACCUGGUCGGAACUUGUUUCGGGUCUGAAACAGUGCCAGUUAGAUUCUGUUUCCAACUCGAGAUUCUCCUCGUUCAUACUGAGAAAAGUCAUGGAAUCCAUCGUUUCAAGGAUCUCGCUGCCUGUCGUGACGAGUUCCUCAACAAGUUCCUCGUCCGAUGGUUCAACCAGCUCUAGUAGUACUGCAACUAGUUUCAGAAGCUACUAUUCGUCGAGGAAUUGGUGGUUUGAAGAUCUGAUGUUUCUGAAACCGGAUAUGCUGGUCAAAUUAGUGAGGCUAAUGGUGGCUGAGAAACUAGACCAUUGGGUCAUUUUCAGGUUUGUGGUCUUUCACCUCAAGUCUAAUGUCGGAUCAACUUCGAGUUCAAGUGUAGCUGUCAAUAUUAUCGAGGCUGCAAUCGAUACGUUCUCGAUGCUCGAAAGGAGUGCUCUGUCUUGCAAAGGUCUGUUCGACAUUCUACGAGUAGUUUCGAAUUCGAGAGCCAAGAUCAAGUCGUGCCAGAGGGUGAAGUUGGAGACUUUGAUUGGAUUGCGGCUAGAUGGAGCGACGUUGGACCAAUUGAUGCUUGUUCCACACCAAGGAAGGAAGAGAAACAAACAUCACGUGUACGAUGUGAAUUUGACUACGAGGCUAGUCAAGGCGUUUCUGAUCGAAGGCUGGGUAUCGCCGACUCGAUUGAAGAAAGUUGUCAACUUGUUUGACAACUAUAUUAGAGAAGUAGCUCCUGACAUUCGAUUGAAGACUAACAAGUUCUUUGCCUUGUUGACGAUUCUGCCGGAUUCGGGAAGAGAAUCAAGUGACGUACUUUAUCAAGCUAUUGACAUGUACCUUGAGGGACAUGUGGAGGUAUGUGGGAAGGAUGAAAGGAUGAGAAUUUGCAGUGCACUGAACAGGGGGAAGCUCUCUGGAGAGGCUUUAAGACAAUUAGCUCAUAAUCCGAGGUUUCCAUCAAUGGCGGCGGUCAAUGCGUUCAUGGCUCAACAAUCCAAGUUGUCUUGUAGCAAUGGAAUGUCAAGAAGCUGUCAUUACAGCAGGAGUAAAUCGACAACAUUUGAAGCUAUGACGACCAAGAAGGCAGAGGAUAAGUCCAUUUAAAAAAUGGUGUGUUCACAAAACCAAGAAUUUGUACAAUCAUAGAACUUGAACAUGAGUCCAUGAGAGCAACAUUUCCCCAACUUUUUGGCAUGUGCCCUAAUGGUAAAAGUAUUAGCCUUGUACGUGAAUUUGUUUUGUUCAAAUCCCCGUAUUUAUUGAGAAUAUAACAUAUAAAAAAUA